CGUGCGUAUCUAAAAACAUCUUGAAUCUAUCUUUGACCAUCGUACUUUCUCUCUCUUAACAUAUUUUCUCAUCAUCAUCAUCAUCCUUCUUCACCUUUUCGCCGCUGUUGCAGACUCUUUCAACACCAACAAAACAACAAUUACAUAAAACCAAAAACAUUAUAAACACAUAACAUAGAUAGUGAAAGAAAGAGAGAGAAUAUACAAAAAAUCAUUCAUUAUUUUUUCCCCUUUCAUUGUCACUGCCACUUCAAUAUAUUCAUCAUUCAUUCAUUCAUUCAUUAUUCAUCAUUAUCAAUUCACCCUCAAACUCUUCUUCUUCUUCUUCCUCCGAUUCAUCUCUCUCAUCUAACGGUUACGAUCUCCUCGUUUCUCCAAUCGUACGGCCAGGGGUCCUUUUUCUCUCUCUUUACGAGGUGAUCUAUUGAGGUGCAUAGAACUCGGGGGCUAUCUGCAUAGUAUCUACAAAUGAUCUUAUUUAUUUGAUUUCAAUUGUAGUUAGAAAAAGUAGCUUCUACGGAACAAUAAAUAUGGAAUAUAAUGGUCAUAGAAGAGCAAACAGAUAUGACUGUGUCGUUAAAGAAAACGGUGAUUCCCAUUUGUCAAAUGACGAUGAACAUGAUCCAUGGACUGCGUGGGCAUACAAGCCUCGCACGAUCACAUUAUUACUUAUUGGUGCUGGCUUUCUUAUUUGGGCAAGUGGAGCACUUGAUCCUGAAAGAGAUGCAUCAGGCGAUGUUGUCACUUCGGUUAAAAGGGGUGUAUGGGCAAUGAUUGCUGUUUUCCUCACUUAUUGCUUGCUGCAAGCUCCUUCUACGGUUCUUAUUAGGCCACAUCCUGCAAUUUGGCGCUUGGUACAUGGGGUAGCUGUUGUAUACCUUGUUGCCCUCACCUUUUUGCUUUUUCAGAAACGGGACGAUGCUAGACAGUUCAUGAAGUAUCUUCAUCCUGAUCUCGGCGUUGAACUUCCAGAAAGAUCUUAUGGUGCUGAUUGUCGUGUAUAUCUGCCUGAAAAUCCUGCCAGCAGGUUUAAGAAUGUUUAUGAGACAAUUUUUGAUGAGUUUGCUCUGGCGCACAUUAUUGGGUGGUGGGGGAAGGCAAUAUUGAUUCGUAAUCAGCCCCUUCUUUGGGUGUUAUCAAUUGGUUUUGAGUUGAUGGAGCUUACUUUCCGUCACAUGUUGCCAAAUUUCAACGAGUGUUGGUGGGACAGUAUUAUUCUGGACAUCAUGAUCUGCAAUUGGUUUGGGAUUUGGGCAGGAAUGAAUACUGUCCGGUACUUCGAUGGAAAAACAUACAAGUGGGUUGGUCUUAGCCGACAGCCUAGUAUAAUUGGAAAAGUGAAACGAACAUUAGGACAAUUCACACCGGCUCAAUGGGACAAAGAUGAGUGGCAUCCAUUGCAGGGUCCAUGGCGAUUUAUUCAAGUUCUCAGUCUUUGCACUGUAUUUUUGACAGUAGAGCUCAACACAUUCUUUUUGAAGUUUUGUCUUUGGAUACCUCCACGAAAUUCAGUUGUUAUAUAUAGAUUAAUUUUGUGGUGGUUACUUGCAAUUCCAACAAUUCGUGAGUACAACUCAUACCUUCAAGACAGUGUUCAUGAACAUUUUUUCAGUAAGCCAGUGAAAAAGGUUGGCGCAUAUUGUUGGCUCUCUCUCGCCAUUUGUAUCGUUGAACUUCUGAUUUGCAUCAAAUUUGGACACGGUUUAUAUCCCAAGUCGAUGCCUUUAUGGCUAGUAAUUUUGUGGUCAUCUGUUGGAGUGGGAAUUGUUACAUUUUUGGUUCUAUGGUCUUGGCAACUACACCGGAGUCUAGAGAGAAAGAGGCGAUAAUUGAAUUUUUACUACUAUUGUAGUAGUGCAUUUUAUUUUUAUUUUUAUUUUUAUUAUUAUUCUUUGAUUUGAUUCCUUCCUAAUUUUUAUGGGUUUUCAUAGAGCCAUACAAUGUGUAUAUACUAUCAAAUCAACCUCCUCCUCAUAAUUGUAAAUGUUUGCGAGUUUAUUCUUCUCAUAGGGUAUGGCUCAAGCUACAGUACAUGACCUCAAUGGGUCUCCUACCGUAGAUGACUUGACUUUUUUUUUCUUUCUUUUUUUACAAAAUUGAUGUCAACCAUUGGAUGUGCUUGAAAACUUUUGAAGACUAUAGUAUUAUCAUACUCUUUAAACAUUA